AUGGAUGCGUUCACUAACCAAUUUGCAGAGUUCAGAGAGAACGAGAGUAUGAUUUCACGACAGUUUUCUAUGUGGAAGAAAUCAGAACAGCCUAUUCCUAUGAGUGCUUUGGCUUCUGCCUUGGCAAAUGCAACACAUGAACAAAAGAGGACGAUGUCGGGUGAAAGUCUGUACCCGCUAGUUGAUCAACUUGAGCAUGAAAUGGUGGCUAAAGUGACAGGAAUGCUGCUGGAGAUGGACCAGACAGAGGUCUUGCAUUUGCUCAAGUCUUGGAUCCGUCCAGAAGCUUUGAAAGCGAAGGUCGCAGAGGCCAUGGAGCUUUUGAGGAAUGUUCAGAAGCAGGCAAGCAGUCCAACUGACCAACUGGCCUCACUGUCGCUUGGUGACAACCUUGUUCCUUGA